UGGAAGAGUUGACCUUGGAACAGGGGAUCGCCGAGUGUCUAGAAGAUGCCAACACCCCUCGCUGCUGCUCAGAGACCCCGGGGAUGACCUUCCGCGCCCACUAGAAUGCCUGGAUGGUUUAAGAAGGCGUGGUAUGGGCUGGCGUCUUUACUCAGCUUCUCCUCCUUCGUCCUCAUCAUCAUUGCCUUGGCGGUGCCCCACUGGCAGAGUGGGAAAAUCCUUUGUCAGACUGGAGUGGACCUGGUCAACGCCACAGAUUCAGAGCUGGUCAAUUUCAUAGGGGACAUUUACUACGGACUCUUCCGAGGAUGUAAGGUGCGGCAGUGCGGGCUUGGGGGCCGCCAGUCCAGAUUCACCAUUUUCCCACACCUGGUGAAGGAGCUGAACGCAGGCCUUCACGUGAUGAUUCUGCUGCUCCUCUUGCUGGCCUUGGCCCUGGCACUAAUCAGCAUGGGAUUUGCCAUUCUCAACAUGAUUCAGGUCCCAUGCCGGGCAGUCAAUGGCCCUGGGGGCAUCUGCCUGUGGAAUGUUCUUGCAGGUGGAGUUGUGGCAUUAGCCAUCACGAGCUUCGUGGCCGCGGUGAAAUUUCACAACCUGACAGAACGGAUCGCCAACUUUCAGGAGAAGCUCUUUCAGUUUGUGGUGGUGGAAGAACAGUAUGAAGAGUCGUUCUGGAUCUGCGUGGCCAGCGCCUCAGCCCACGCGGCAAACUUGGUUGUGGUGGCGAUCAGCCAAAUUCCCCUCCCUGAGAUAAAGACCAAAGUAGAAGAGGCAACGGUCACGGCAGAGGACAUCUUGUAUUAAUAGCCGUCUCCUGCUCACA